GAGAUCUUCCAUGGCAAACUAGCCUUUCCAGAUAUUGUUUGGAAAAUUAUCGUUUUUUGGAAUUAGUCAAAUCUUUCAAACGUAACUGUAGUGUAAUUGGAUCAGUUCCUCUACAGUUGUUCGUAAUGGAUAUACAAACUUUACAAUUAUGUGUGUAAAAGCAUGACAUGCUUAAAAACGAUUACAUUGUAGCAUGCUCGUGCUGGAAUAUACUUUUCUUACAUACGGAAAGAGAAUGCUGUUCCAUAUUUACUUUUUUUUUUAACUGUCUGAAUUGGUGCUAAUAUGUUUUAUAUACAAACAAAUUGGAGAAUAAUAGAAAUCUAAUUAUGCGUUUUAUUUUGUUAUUCGGUGCACAAAACAAAUUUGGUCUUUUUUCAUGGACUGCUACUUUGCCAUUAUUUAUACUCGGAGUUUGUUUGGAUUUAUGCACAAGUAUUCCGAUAACAUGCUAUGACUUUGAAUGCAGACACACAGAAAAUGGUUCUUAUAAUGAUAUUCAAGACUGCACAAUUGAACCCACACCACCCUUUGCCUCCUACCUUGGGGCGUAUAAUAUUACGUUGGGCUGGAGCCCACUAAAUAUCUCGGGAGUAAAAUAUAUAAUUCAGUGGAAGUAUGUGCAUAUUGCAAGUGAAUGGGAAUACACAGAGAUAGUAACAGAGCCUUCAUAUACAGUCAAUAACCUGUCACCCUACACUGAGUAUUGGUUCAGAGUUAUCUGGAUUAUAUGCCAACUCCAGUUUCAAUCCCUGCCAAGUCUUGUAUACCGGACACUGGCAUUUGGAGUUCCUUCAGUAGCUCCCAUUAUUGAAAAUCUGGAAGGUUCUAGUCUUUAUUCAAUAGAAGUCAGCUGGCUUCCUCCGAUGUUUCCAAAUGGACCUAUUGUAGGCUACAAUCUGAAACUGUCUACUGACCAGGAAAACCCGCAAUACUCUUCGGUGACUGGGAAACUUAGCUUUCAGUUUUAUGCCACUAAACCUGGAACCACAUACAGGAUCUCUAUCGCUGCAGUAAAUGUACAAGGAGAAGGACCUGCAGCAGAAGCCAGCAUUACCAUGAUGAACGCAACAGUUUCAGAUAAACCCCUUUGGUUAUUUUUAUCAAGGAAUAAUACAUUUAAAAAGAGAGAGAACCUGCCGGAAAUGAUAUAUGAAGCUCAGUGUCUGACGGUGCACAACAGAAUAACUGGAAUUUCCAUGGAUAUUUAUAACCAGAAAGUCUAUUUUUCUGAAGACUAUGAAAUCUGGGUAAAAGGGGCUAAUGACAUGUCGGACAUGACCGAUUUUAGGAUUUUGUAUGCUGGCUCGGGGAACAUCACUUCAAUAUCCGUGGACUGGUUAAAUAACAAUAUCUAUUUUAUCAUGGACAAUCAGUUGUACUUCUGCGACUUAAAGAACUGCACAUCUGCAGAACAUAUCCCACUGACAAUUGUUCUGCCUCCACUGAAGAUUGUGGUGGAUCCGUACAAUGGGUAUUUAUUCCUGCUUCUGAAUAAUGGUAUCCACAGAACAGUUCUCCCGGAGAGUCCUAAUCAGGCCAUUGUGACCCAUAUAAUAAAUAGCUCCAUUAUUCAGGACUUUAUGGUCAAUGUUCAGUUGAAAAGAGUUGUUUAUGCCAGUGUACAUCGGGGAAACAUCUCAAUUGUAUCAGCCUUUCUGGAUGGAACCAAUGAUAAAUUACUGAGGCACAUAAAGGAUAGUGACAUUACCGAAAUUAGAAGCUUUUUUUAUUUCAAUGACCAUUUAUUCUUCACAGACGGAAAUCAGGUGUUCCAAGAAUACUUCUAUUCAGAUAGAUAUUGGUAUAAUGAAUACUUGGUAACUUGUGAUCUGGCGGCUUCUGCGUCUUCAGAUUAUAAUAACAUUAUGUUAUAUGGAGAAUCAAUUCAGCCAUUUCCACUGCCAACCCAGCCCCAGAAUGUAAUGGUGUUAUUUGGAGCCCAGUUUGCUACCAUUAUUUGGCAGCCACCAAGGUCCACUAUAGAAUCUAGUCCUACUGCAUGGAGAGACUGGAUGUAUAGCAUUAACGUAACGUCAGAAGACUCAAAAGCAUCACAGAUGUUUUCAAAUAUUAGUUACACUAAUAUAACAGUAACAAAAAUGGCUCCAUCUACAAAAUACAGUGUAACAGUGCAUGCAUCGUCACCUGCUGGAAACAGCCAAUGGACAGUACCAGUAACAGGAACCACACUGGACCCAUCUGAAGAGGAACCUUUUUUCAUUGCAGUAGGCCAUGAGGGAACCUGGAGGCAACCUUUGGAUUUAUUCGGACCAGGAGAACUUCUUUAUAGGAACCUGAGAUUUAUAACAGAUCUGGACUGGUACAAUAACACACUCUUUUGGAGCAAUGAAACGGGACAUGUGCACAUGUGGAACAUGAACGAUACUUUUUCUCCCAUUUACAUAAAGGAGAUAAGAAGAGCUGGACCUAUAUCUUUUGAUUGGCUUGGCCUUUGUAUCUACUGGUCUGACAGAAUAAGUGCCAAGAUUUACAGAAAACCCCUGAGCUCACCUGACAUAGAAGUAAUCAGAUCUGUCAGUUAUCUAGUAAAUGAUAUGGCAGUGGAUUCAACCAAUGGCUUUCUUUAUUGGAGCACAGACUACACAGUGGAAAGCAGCAAACUCAAUGGACAGAAACAUUCAGUUAUACAAAACUUAACAUUAUUUACCAGUAGACAGGUGGUUGCCCUUGCAAUGGACUUUAAACAUUGCUUGCUGUAUUGGCUUGUGAAGGAUGGACUGAAUAUCAACUUGUAUCAUAGCAAACUCCGAGACGAUGGGAUUCCAGAUGCACCAAUCACCGAGUUUGCUUUUUGGAGUUCUUCAGAAAUUUGGCAGAAUGCUUUAAUGUUCCAUAGUGACCGGUUAUUCUGGAUAAAUGGGCAAAAAUAUAUUACAGUGCAAGAAGUUAAUCAACGGAUUUGUACAGCAUUCUCACAGCCAGCAGAAUUUACGGCUUUUACAUUGGUUCUGAACAGCAUUAAACCAUUGCCAGGGAAUUUUUCAUACACUCCCAAAGUCAUUCCUGAUUUGGUUCCCAGUUCUUCAUUUAAAAUUCAAGGGAAUUAUUCGCAUUUUCUCGUUGUUUGGAAAGGGACAUUAAAUGUGGAAUAUGGCGUUGUAUUUUACUGUGUGGAGUCCAAGGUUCUGCAGCAUAUGUCUGGGUUGGACAGAGACCCCUGUCUCUCCCCUGAAGGUUACAGCAAUCCUUUCUUUGUUGUACAAGGACUGAAACCAUAUAUUGAGUUUGAUUUCUCUGUGACUCCCUACACAUAUUGGAGAAAGGGACCCACAACAACUUUAACUCUUCGAGCACCAGAAGGAGUUCCUUCUGUACCUUUGAAUCCACGGAUAUUUCGAUUACAAGACAAAGAAAGCAUGGGUGUGGAAAUGAGGUGGGAUUACCCAGAGGCACCUAAUGGUGUUUUGACACACUUUACAGUGUGCUACAGGAUAAUAAAUGAAAGCAAAAAUGCUAUGCGGAGCAUCCUCAAUGCCACAGUUUCAACAACAUCCUUUUACCUUUAUGAUCUGAAACCAGAAAUUCUCCUACAGUUCCAGGUUAAAGCACACACUUCUAUAGGACCUGGUCCAUUCUCCGAGACAGCCGAGGCAAAUAUAUCAGAUGUUCGCCCUGCACCUGCUAUAAUAAAUAUCUCCUCUAAAGAAAUAACUCUGGUUGAUACCGACAGAAUGGAAGCCAUGUGGAAUUUUACUGUAGAGGAACCGUUGAAGUCGCUUUCCUACACAGCCCACAAUGGAAAACUAUAUUACAUACUGAAUGAUUUGCUAUUCAGUCGAGAUAUUGGAAACCUCUCCAAUGUUCUGUUGUUAAAGGAUGAAAAACUAUUGCGCAGUCAUAGCAUGACCGUGGAUUGGAUUGCAAGACACAUUUAUGUUAAUAUACAUUCAGAGAAGAAUGUUUCGCAACUCUUUGUCAUUGACCUGGAACAAAAGAAUAAAGUCUUAAAAACUGUCAGCACGUUCCUAAUACCUGAGAAUUCAAGCAUAGAAGCGAUUGCAGCCUAUCCGUUACAGAGCCGUUUGUACUUGAUGGAAUCUUGGGACAAAGGCAAAAGAAUUUCCUACUAUAAUAUUCAAGACAGUUCAGAGACUCCUGUCUUAGGAAGUGAGAAUAAAACAAGCUCUGUUAAGACAGGCAACUGCAACUGUUCUGUGGAGCCCUCGGAGUUAGGCACAUCAUUGGCACUGGAUAUAACUGAUAAGGCUAAUCCCGGCAUAUACUAUGUAAGCAAUGUCACAGACAUCUGGUCCUCUGAUUUGGAAGGUUGUCGUUGUCUAAAAGUGAUCACUGUACCAAUGCUUUCUGGUGCAACUAUUACGAGUUUGGCUGUUGAUGACUAUUUCAUAUAUUGGAGUGUAACAAACCAAAAAAAUACUACUAUUUAUUAUGCAAGUAAAUAUGCUAAACACCCAGUGAUCCUAGGGAUGACCCAGGAAAUGACUAUUGUUAUGGCAUAUAGCAUUUCUUUACAGCCUUUCCCAGAAAAAGAAUGCUUAGUAUUGGUUUCAGAUGGCACUCAGCCAAGGUUAUUGAGCGCAGCAAACACCAGCCUUACAUUGGAAUUGCCCCCAGCUGUGACCCAGUCAAACUGCUCUUGGAUAAUCACCCCCACUCCAACAUACAAGGUUACAUUUAGGAAACAUAUCAAUGACAGUGGUGUGAGAUACUACAGUGCACAUAAAUCUGACGACAUUACGUUGGAAUUUCAUGAUCAAGUUGUAGUCAUUCCUGGAUUACAACCAUAUUGCAGCUAUGAAUUUGGUGUAAUAGUGACAAAUUAUUACUCUUUCCUACUUGAUCAGCCUCCUUCAGAAACUGCGAUAAUUGCCAAAACUGCUUAUGGAGUUCCAGGAGCAGUGACUACCAUGCUGACAAGCGUUUUAUCAGACACAUCUGUAAACAUCCAAUGGAGUAGCCCAUCCCAACCAAAUGGACCACUUUCAUCCAUACGAUAUCAAAUUGCAUCAAACAUUUUGCCACUAACUCCUAUUUCUCCAUGGAGACAAAGUGAAUUCCCAAAUGGGCAGCUCGCAUGGUCUUUCACUGGUCUACAUGGUGGAACUUCCUAUUUGUUUAAGGUUCUUGCAUUUCACCCAGAAGAAAACUGGUUCAAUGAAAGCCCUCCAACUUAUAUCACAACAUUUAAAGCACCAGCCACACCCAGCAACAUAGUUCCUGGUAACACCACUUUGGAACUUCAGUGGACAACUUCUGAGGAGGACAUAAUGAACUUCUAUUUCGAAAUAAAAGAGUUAAUAGGACAAGACUGGAGGCGACCAAUGAACAUGUCCUGCAUAGGUAGACCACUCUAUACCUGCAUCCUCACAGGAGUAACGCCCAACACUUAUUAUCAUGUGCGUGCCAUUGUAAUCUAUGUAACUGGAGCUAAAGGUACUUCCAAGCCAGCAGACUUCAAAACUUCAGCUGGAAUUCCAGGUAAAGCAGGAACUCCAUAUUGUCUGCCUGGUGAUCAAAAUACAAUCCACUGGAACACUGCAGAAGAUAAUGGUGGUAAUCUGACCUACAAUAUUUUAGAAUACAGAAAGGUACUGGAUAACAAAAAAGGAGCUCUGACUCUCUGGCAUGUGGCAUAUAAUGGCUCAUGCAUUGAUAUUUGCAUAUGGAAGGCAACAACGAUGGAAGGGACAUUCCAGUUCAGAGCUGCAGCUGCAAAUGUGUUAGGACUUGGGGACUACAGUGACGUCAGCGAAAGUAUUCUACUAACUAAAGAGAAAUCUGACUCUGUGAAUGAAGUCACCAUCAUCGUGGCAACUAUUUCAGCCAUACUCCUUGGGGUUCUUGUGACAGCUGCUUUUGCAAUAUAUAAAAGGGUAAAAUACAAACACAACACAACCAAAGAAAACCCAACUGUUAUCUUUGAAGACAAAGAACUAGCAGAGUUGCGAGGAUUAUCUAAUGCUGUUGGUUUCGGGAAAGCUUGUUAUGCUAUAAGUAUCCUUCCUACACAAACUGAUAUGCAAAGUUUGGCGCAAUUUCCUCGGGAGAAGCUAACGUUAUGUCUUUUCUUGGGGAGUGGAGCCUUUGGUGAGGUCUAUGAGGGAACUGCUGCGGACAUUCUAGGACCUGAAACUGGCACCACAAGAGUAGCUGUGAAGACGCUAAAGAGUGAUGCAACAGACCAUGAAAAGUCCGAAUUCCUAAAGGAAGCACACUUGAUGAGCCAAUUUGACCAUCCUAAUAUCCUGAAACUGCUUGGGGUUUGCCUUUUCAAUGAACCACAGUAUAUUAUCUUGGAAUUGAUGGAUGGUGGAGACCUGCUUUCGUAUCUACGAGAUGCUCGAGCAAAUACAUUUCUACAGAAACCUUUGCUGUCAACAUUAGACCUUCUUGACAUAGCCCUUAACAUUUGUAAUGGUGGUGCCUACCUUGAAAAAAUGCAUUUUGUCCACAGAGAUCUGGCUGCCCGCAAUUGCCUGGUUUCAGUGAAGGGAUACAAUAGCCCUGACAGAAUUGUAAAGAUAGGGGAUUUCGGACUUGCUAGAGAUAUCUACAGUAAUGACUACUACAAAAAGAAAGGAGAGGGAUUUCUUCCUGUUCGAUGGAUGGCGCCUGAAAGUUUAAUUGAUGGGAUAUUUACCAGCCGUUCUGAUGUAUGGUCCUAUGGCAUUGUCCUCUGGGAAGUUUUCUCUUUUGGUCAACAGCCUUAUCCAGGAUACUCUAACUUGGAGGUCUUACACCAUGUACGUUCCGGGCAAAGAAUGGAGGCCCCAGUGAACUGUUCUGAUGAUCUGUGGGAUUUGAUUCUCAAAUGCUGGGCCCAGCACCCGAAAGAAAGACCAUCAUUCUCUUACCUUCGUAAACAAUUAGAAGAGCUAAAAUUGUGCUCUUUAAGAUGGACCCAACGUAAUGUCAAAAGGAUGAGUCUGGAAGGCGUUUUCAAUCCAGCCUUUGAAGAUACAGAAGUCAAUAUUAGCAGCAGAGAACCAGAAGGUAGUGGUCCAUUGACUCUUACUGAAACAAGAAAUCCGGAAGGGCUCAAUUACCUUAUGAUUACAACAUAGAAGACCAAA